AUCGCGGCGGUGGGUCGAGUCGCCGCCGCUGAUGCUGGUGUCUCCGGUCGGGCACGUUUAACGUUUCACCCCUUCAUAUUUUCCAUUCAUAUUUAGCGUGCGGAAAGAUAAAGAUGGCAGCGAUGGCCCGCCUGGAGGGCCGUGAGUUUGAGUAUGUGAUGAAGAAGCGCUCGGUGACGGUGGGUCGGAACUCGUCGCAGGGCUCGGUGGACGUGAGCAUGGGCCACUCGAGCUUCAUCUCCCGCCGGCAUCUGGAGAUCUUCACCGCCGCCGCGGAGGACACAGGCUCGGGAGAGUUUUAUCUGCGCUGUCUGGGCAAAAACGGGGUGUUCGUGGACGGGGUGUUUCUGCGGCGGGGGGCGCCACCCCUGCAGCUGCCGCGAGUGUGCACAUUUCGGUUCCCCAGUACGAACAUCAAGAUCACGUUCACUGCGCUGGCGAGCGUCAAGCGUGAGAAGCAGGAACUGGAGUCUCCGGUGAAAGCGGUUCAGCCACAGAUCUCCCCUUUAACCAUUAACAUCCCAGAUAACAUCGCUCACCUCAUGAGCCCCCUGCCCUCGCCCACCGGCACCAUCAGCGCUGCCAACUCGUGUCCAUCCAGUCCGCGUGGUGCGGGAUCGUCCGGUUACAGACUGGGCAGGAUCGUGCCUGACCUGCAGCUCAUGAAUGAUAACUCUCAGUCUGAGAACGACAAAGAGGCAUCAGAAGGAGACAGUCCAAAGGAUGACUCCAAACCCCCGUACUCGUAUGCUCAGUUGAUCGUUCAGGCAGUAACGAUGGCGCAGGACAAGCAGCUAACACUAAACGGCAUCUACACACACAUCACCAAGAACUACCCGUACUACAGGACAGCAGAUAAAGGCUGGCAGAACUCGAUUCGUCAUAACCUGUCACUGAAUCGGUACUUCAUCAAAGUCCCACGCUCACAGGAAGAGCCGGGCAAGGGCUCAUUCUGGAGGAUAGACCCGUCAUCUGAGAGCAAACUCGUGGAGCAGGCAUUCAGGAAACGCCGGCCACGGGGCGUCCCGUGCUUCAGGACCCCGCUGGGACCCCUCUCAUCCAGGUCAGGGAGCGCACCGGCGUCGCCCAAUCACUCGGGCGUUCACUCCGCCCACUCCAGCGGUGUGCAGACCCCCGACAGCCUAUCACGGGAAGGCUCACCUGUUCCCAUGGAGCCAGAGCCUGCCUCUGCCCCGCCCCCUGCUGCUGCUUCUGUUGCUGCCGUCCAAACCAAGCUAGCUGUGAUUCAAGAGGCCCGUUUUACCCAGAAUACCACAGCGUCUCCCAUCACCACACAGCCGGUUCUGAUUGCAGUCCACCGUCCGUUAACGCAGACGAUCAAACCCGUCACAUACGCUGUGGCCGCCCCCGUCACGUCCUCCACGUCUGCGCAGCCGCUGAUGCAGACGGUGCACGUGGUGCAUCAGAUCCCUGCAGUGGCCGUCAGUACUGUUGGCGGAGCAAACCUGCACCCCGCCAUCAAAACAGAAACGCUGGAGAAUGGAGAGGAGGUCAAAGUGAAGGUAGAGUCAGUUCCUGGCAUCACUCAUGGCUCUAUAGGCUCAGCCAAUAGGAUCAUUCAAAGCAGCACUGCAGCCACACCCCUCCAGAUGGUUACCAUAGUGCAACAAGCCCCAUUGGGCCAGCACCAACUGCCAAUCAAAACUAUCACCCAGAAUGGCACUCAUGUAGUGCCCAUCGCCACGGCGAUACAGAGCCAGGCUAACGCAGUGUCGAGUCCUUUACACAUGUUGGCCACUCACGCCUCGGCGUCCGCCUCCCUCCCCACGAAGCGGCAGAACGGAGAAAACGGGAGCGAGCCACCGGAGAGCAAACGAUUGAAAAUCGAGGACGAAGAACACGCAGUCACCACCGACCCGAACGGAACCGCUGCGGACACAAACUCCACCAACCAGCACAACUACUCACGGUGCCAAAACUGAAGGCUUGGAUAAUAACUCUUUGAACCGAAGCAAAAACGUCAAAAAAGAACCAAAUGCAUAAAAUACUAUCCGUUACUGUCAUUUUCCGCACCAACCCUUCUGCCUGUUUUCCGUUUUAAUACUCAAACGCCUGAUUGAACAAAAACUCGCACCUCGAAACACAAGAGCAACUGCCAUUUGGUUUGUAACUGGGCAUUUUAUUGCAGACUUCAACAGAGGUUGGAGGCGUUCGAUCUGCUCGGAUUCCGUUCUUUGGGAGUCAUGGUGAUUUUUAGUGACUCGCAGACAAAAUUGAAAGGAAAAAUGCCCUCCGGAUAUGCAGAUGUUGAUCCGCUGCGGACUCAAAAGGAUUCUAGAAUCUCCGGAACUCGUGUGUUGCUCACAGCAGACUGAGAAUUCCAGAACUACCGCUUGCGGAAUCUGGAUUUUUUUUUGGCGCUGAUAGCGGAACACUGGCUUCGAUCCAACAUUCCAAAGUUUGGCAGUCCACUUACGGAGGGUGAAAAGCCAAGAGGAUGUCCUGGAAUGGAAUUACACUCCAUGAACCACAAAUAGGUUGUCUUUUUUAAAAUAGUGCAUACUAGGGCUGUACGUGGAGCCAAAGGGAACACAUCAGAUAUUCCUAAACUUUCGGCAGCUAGCCUGACAGCAUCCCCCACAAUCCCCUGUAGCCGUCGUAGUGGAUAAUAUGCAGUAUUUUUUCGUUCAUACAUGGAGCAUAGGAUCUGGGCGUGUUUUCAUUUAUAGAGACGUUUUAAAAAGUAAUAAUAACAAUAUAUAUAAGCAGCAGCAGCAUAUGAGCAGAAGUCUGUGUCCGUUUUCUGUUUUGUGAAACUAAGCGGUUUCUUUUCUAAGAUGGCUAAAAAUGUAUCAGUGGAGUAUUUCCUUCCUAUGUUUUUCCUUUUCUGUUUAUUUUUAAAUCUUAGCAAAACUGGCUUUGUUACACCGACAUAUUUUCAUACAGAUGCUCGAGUGGACGUGUCAUUUCCAUGUGUAGUCGAACUGUUUUCAUCCAGCUUGCAUGUAACGGACUAGACAAACGUACCUGAGCCGCCGAUGUAAUCCAGGAAAAAAAAAAAA